AUGUCCACCAAUCUCAUCCAUUUUCGUCCCACCCUGAUCGGGCCGCAUGCCACCGGAAACCGAAAGCCCGACUCAGUUACCCGGAAAGGCUCGGCGUCCAAGUGGUGGACCCCCCUUUUCGGGUGGUCCUCCGAACCCGACUACAUUGACUCCCACUCGAAGACCGAGUCCCGGGACAAGGCCGAGAGCGGAGCGGACUCGGGCCCCGACUCGAAGCCGUGGAGAUCUCGGUUCGCGCCUGGUUGCUUCACAGAGGAGAAGGCGAGGCAGCUCCGGAUCAAGACCAUGGAGACGGACUCGUUUCAUGACGCCAUGUACCACUCGUCAAUCGCCUCCAGGCUGGCCUCCGAUUUCAAGAACCGAUCCGAUCUAUGA